AUGCUUUCUAAAGAGGUUAUCAUCAUUGGUUCUGGUGCUUUUGGGCUCUCUACCGCCUAUCACCUCCUCAAGACUGGUCGCUACAGAGUAACCGUUCUCGAGCGGGCUCCAGCCGGCCUUGCGGUGGAUGCCGCAAGCACGGAUAUCAACAAGAUCGUACGGAGUGACUACUCCGAUAUGUUCUAUGCCCGACUGGCAAAGGAAGCUAUUGAGGAGUGGAGGAAGCCGGAGUGGAAGGGGACGUACCAUGAGUGCGGCGUUAUAGUGCUCGGGGACGAUUCGGCAACCGGCUCCUAUUCGAACGCAUCUUUGGAGAACUGUGAAACGCUGGGCUCCAGGAUUGAGCGUUUGAAGGACUUGUCCGCAAUCACUGGGGUGUUCCCUUCCGGAAUAUCGACUGGAAAUAUCCCUGCCACCAACGUGUAUAUAAACCGCGAUGGGGGCUGGGCUGCGGCAAGUGAAGCGGUUGCUGUCGUAGCUGAUAAAGUCCGGGAGCUUGGUGGGUCAAUUAUCAGCGGCGCUAAGGUUAAGACGCUGCAUGAGGAUGCGAGCGGCAAGGUCGAUGGUGUUAUUCUCGUGUCUGGGCAAGCCAUGCUCGCCGACCUGGUCAUCGCCGCUGCUGGUUCCUGGACACCUUCCCUUCUUCCUGGAUACGGUGCUGCUGAGCGGAUGGUUGCAACAGGGCAGAGCGUCGCAACCAUUCAACUCACUGCAGAGGAAGCCGAACUUUAUCGCAAUGUACCAGUGGUGCUUGACUUUGCCUCUGGGUGGUACGGAUUCCCGCCAAACAAGGACAACAUCAUGAAAUGCGCUAUACACCACGCAGGAUACACCAACCCGCAAGAAAGUGCUCUGCCUGGUGCAGCACCCGUAUCCACACCCCGAACCGUGGUAGAUGGUGGCAUUGAGGGCAAAGCAAUAACAAGGACAAUGAUCAAAGAGUUGCGGCAACAGGUCAAGGCAAUGUACCCGGACCUCGGGAAGAAACCGCUCAAUUCCACAAGGAUGUGCUGGUACACCGAUACCCCGGACUCUGACUGGAUAUUCGAUUUCCAUCCGGAUCAUUCAAAGUUGUUAUUUGCCACUGGUGGAUCAGGUCAUGCAUUCAAGUUUUUGCCUACCUUGGGACGUUUUGCACUGGGUCGCAUAGAAGGGACAUUGGACGAGGAAACGGCCGAACGGUUCGCAUGGGCGAAAGCGGCAGGCAAACUAGACAUGUCGCGUAUUCAUCAAGAGACGAAGAUUCUAGUCGUUGAAGAGUUGGCAGACCCAACUGGCCUAAGCGGUUGUUAGGGAGCGUGU